AUGAGGCCGGAAGAACAGGGCGAGUCAUCACGGAGGACACACCGGGAGGACACUGGUGCAGGUCAAGAGUUUGGAGCGAACUGGAGGACCAGAUUUGUGCCUGGGAGCGACGAGUCCUCGGUUGACCGAGGCCGAAACCGCCGCUGGCAGGAGGAAUACGAGAGCUAUUACGUCCCGUCAGACUCACCACCACGAGAACAGCCCAGAGACAGCAUGUGGGGUGACGCUGCACGUGCCUCCUUGGAGCUUGUUCAGACACAGGACCGCCAGGCACGAGCGAGGAAUAAUUGGAGGGGUGAAAGGGAAGCGGCGAGGCAUCGGGCCUGA